AGGACGACACUCGAAGAAUUACCGUGCACUCAGUCAGUUCUCCUGUCGCUGUGAUCACGAUUAAACGCUCUGGCAUCGCAAGAAUGCGAGUGUCAACAUUGAGAUCAUCGGUCUUCCUGUUCACAGUGUUCUCUGUCGAAAUUUUUGCAACUGCGAUCAAAGAACCGCGCGGUCCCAUUCAAGAGGCGAUUCAAAAUGGUGUCGCGGCGCAAUACGAUCGAAAAGAUUGCAUCUGGAGACGAGGAAAUGACAAAGAUUCGUGCCCCGAUCCUGAUGUCAAAGUCUACCUUUAUACGUCCGAUCGACCAAGGCGUGAACUUGACUCGAGGGAGUCCGACUGGUUGCGGCAAGAUUACGACCCGAUCAAGGAAAAUGUCCUUCUGAUACAUGGAUACGCAGGUGGUGACGACACCCUCCCCAUAUCCGUACUUCGUGAUGCCUACCUCAGAAACGGAAGUUACAACGUGUUCCUAGUCGAUUGGGGUGCUUUGUGCGCUCCACCCUGUUACCCAGCAGCUGUAUCAAAUCUUCGCUCAGUUGCACGUUGUUUGGCAGGCACACUGACCACUUUGCGAAACCUGGGUUUACCCAUCUCGAGAACAACCUGCGUGGGACAUUCGUUGGGUGCACACAUCUGUGGAAUCAUGGCGAACUUUCUACUGUUCAGGAUGCAUCGGAUAAUCGGUCUAGAUCCGGCCAGACCUCUCCUACGUCCUGGAUAUGUAAAUCGUCUGGACAGCGGGGACGCAGAUUUCGUCCAAGUGAUUCAUACGAACGCAGGAUACUACGGAGAAGGUGGUCGCAUGGGACACGUGGAUUUCUGCGUGAACGGUGGCAAAAUGCAGCCGUUUUGCGAGAAUACCUCGAAUUAUCAGCUGUGCAGUCACGUUUGGGUUGUCUGUUACAUGGCCCAGAGCAUCGAUAACAGCGGACAGAAGUCGAUGGCCGAGCCAUGUUCAAGAAGGUGUCCUUCUGGGCCAAGAAUUGCUCUCAGGGCCGGCGAAUACGUAGCCAUGGGCCAGCAUACGCCGGUCGGAACUAGGGGCUCUUUUUGCUUCACCAACAAACAUCCACCGUAUUGUCCUAAGUAUAAUAACGGACGCGGCGACGAGAGAUGCUGCGUACACGAGGAUAAAUCUGUCACGUUUUAGUGACAGAAUCGCGAAAGUUGUAGGAAAAGUGGAACAUACAAGACUGUACAUAAAACACGAAGUAAGUAAUAUAGAAUGAAACGAAUUAAUUCAAAAGCAUUGAUGAUCAACGUGGUUGGAAAAAUACCGUUUUAUAUUUUCCUGUUUGUAUAAAAACUGAUUAGCGUAUCUUUUACCUCCUUUCAUUUCUGGAUUAUAUCAUAUCAAGACUUACGGUUGAUUACGCUAUUAACUUUUAACGACAUGAUUAUAUCAGAGUCUAGUUAAGGGACAAUCUGGUGUUAAUAAAGUUAAAGGAAAGUCUUGUAUAAAAUAAUUCAACAAAUUGAAAGGAGAAAUUGCAUUGGAAAGAUUUUUAGUUAAAAAAAUUUAGUUAAAAAAAAAACGUGAUGAACACUUAUAUAGUGAAAAAUGACCGAGUCAAAAUCACUUGCAAAUACGGAGCGUAAAUAUGUCGUGUGUUUUAAAUUCAUUGAUAUCAGGAUGAACGUAAACUGUAUCUAGAUUAAACUUACUCGUUCCUUAAUCGAUGAAACAUACAGGUGCUUGAAGACAAAUCGAUUUUCGUACGGUAUCGCAACGCGUGUAGUCCGAUUCUGGAAUGUGAUUACGUAUUCAAACGUGAUACGUCCGGAAAAAUGUUACGCUCGUGACCUAUCAAUCCCGUUAACCGUUCUACUGAACUUUUAUAAAUGUAUUCACGACAAUGUCCAACGAACAGGUAACAGCCUUUUUUCGAUCGUAGAGCGCCGUUAUGCAAUCGACUAUUCCGAUGAUUUGCACGUUGGAACAGCGAUAAGCAAUUCUGCAACAAAAAGAUACGUUUAUUACGUACGUACAAAUGUAAAAGAAAAGAUGGUAAUUUUUUAAAGGCGUUUCGAAAAGACAUAAAAUUUUUAUCGGAGGAAUUAAAGUGCAAAGAAUAAAGAAAGUUCAUAAGAAAUAUUCGUAUAUCAUUUACACUAUUCUGAUUACUUAGUAUUAUUAAAGAUACUAUCUUCAUCUUGCUAUAUAUUCAAAUAAUAGAUAUUCAAAUUAUCAUUUCAGCAAAUCUUAUCAUUUUUGUUCAAAUUUUUGUAUUAAUAAUUUAAUAGAAAAAAGUUCUAAGAUCUUUAGGAUUCUAUCCUAAGAAAUGAAAGAAAUAUUUGUCUAAUAAGUGAAAUAGAAAACAAAAAUAAUCUUUAAAUCAACUGUGUUUAAAAAGAAAAAAAUAGCAUAACAAUGUAACAAAGUACAAUUAAAUUCAUAAGAGACAAAUAUUUAAACAAGUAUAAUUCACACUGAACAGCACUGUAUAAUAUGUAAUAUAAAACAUGCAAGAGCUAAAUAAAAAAUAAAACAAAUAAAUAAAAA